GUCCUCAUCACGGGCGUCGCAAACGACUCCAUAGCAGGCGAGCUCGCCCUCCAGCUCAGCGCCGCCAAGCCCUCCCUCCUCAUCCUCACCGCCCGCUCCGAGUCCCGCGUCGAGCCCGUCGUGUCCAAGAUCAAGGCCAAGCACCCGGACGUCACCGUGCGCUUUCUGCAGCUCGACCUCGCCUCCUUGGCCGAUAUUCGUAGGGCGGCAAAGGAGCUCGACGACGUGCCAAAGAUUGACCACCUGGUUGCCGUGGCGGGCGUCAUGGUGCCGCCGUACCAGAAGACGGUCGAUGGCGUCGAGCUGCAGUUUGCCGUCAACUAUCUGGCCAACUUCUUGCUCGUCAAGGAGCUGCUGCCCAAGGUCCGGGCGGCGGGACCAAAGUCGUCGAUUGUCAUUUGUGCUAGCUCGGCUGUGCGGUCGGGCUCGGUCAACUUCGACGAUGUCAACUAUAGCGACGGCGAGACGUAUGACCCCAUCGGCGCAUACGGACAGUCGAAUGCUGCAAGAGCCGUCUUCGCCAAGUUCCUGGCUGAAAAGCUCAAGGGAGAAAAUAUUCGAGUCUUCAGCGUCGAUCCCGGCGGUACGUAUCCUGCGGUGACAGUGCUGGACAUGCGAGUUGCCGUCCUUCGUGACUAUGAUGGUCGCCCAUACCACAUGCCCCCCUUCACAGGCGCCUCCGAGGGGGCAUCGACGCUCAUCACCGCCAUGGUCGAUCCAACAAUCGAGGACGCCAGCGGGGCAUUCCUGUCUCGCAACGCGGUUGCCGAUGAACAGCUGACGUCGUGGAUCUUGAACCGCGAGAACUGGGUCAAGUUGUGGGAACUUAGCGAGAAGCUCAUCGGGGAGCCCUUUGCCAUCUAG